GAAGAAAUCAAACGAGAGUACAAAACGAGGGAGUCCAAUCCAACGUCCUGUUGAAAACCUAAUUUCUUUGAUCAACUCAACUCUGCCCUACUCCCCCGUCGAACUCCUCGCCGUCGCUUCGCCGGAUUCGAGCCAAGGCGACGGCGCGGGAGGUUUGAUUAUCAGAAUUCAGAGAAAAGAAGCUGAGAGGUACGGACUUAGAUUUACGAUUCACAAAGAAGACGGAGAAAUUGAGGAGAAUUUUGCGAACGGGUGAUAGAAAGAGGUUGCUACGAAGUGGAAUUAAAGUGGAGAGUUAGGGCGACUCGAAGUCCUCGCCAAAUUAAGGCUGUAUAAUCAUUGAAGUUUUCGCGGAAUCUAUCCAUUACGCACUUUUUCUGGAGUAAUUUAGUGGAAGAUUUCUAUGGAAGAGGCGAAAGAAAUUUUGAAGGAUAACAGAAUUGAAGAUAUCAGUUGGCUUUGCUCGUUAUCUGAAUCAGAGCUUGACUUUCUGAUUAGCAUUAAAAUGCUAGUUCUCCAGCGUGCAAAAGUAAUUGGCCAUGAAGAUCUAGCUGAGAAAUUUGAUCUGAAGACACUACGUGCUAUAGGGUUUAUUUUGAUGGAGCAUCUUAAAGGACAACUUAGUGUGUCAGGUGUCCCAGAUCAGUCUCAAUUUUCUGCCUUAAAUGGGUCCAACUUAUUAGACAGCAGUCUUGAGAAAAUUUUGUCAAUUGAUGAUAUAAUGGCAAGCAUCUGUUCUGAAAGAAGGAAGAAACCUGGAAAAAGGUCGCGGCCGAAGGCUGAUUCUAGACCAAAGAAGAAGUUGUGAAUUAGAAAAUAGCAGAAGUAGACACAGAUUCAUGGAGGUUGUCUUGGCCUAACUGAUGAACAAUGCAGCUCCCACAUUGCGAGACUUGGCGGUAAUCCUGCAGCCAUGAUCACGCAAACAAUUUUGUUAGCCUUUAUUGUAAUUGUUGUUGCGUCAAAUCAGUAAUCACGUUCCACUAUUGUUGUAUUGUUUCUAUUUUGUUAUAGUGUAUGAAGCAAAGGAACCAUUACAAAUAAGUCGAUGUUUUAUUAAUUUUUCAAGCUCAAUCUGCUUUCAUUUAAUUGAAACCUCUCAUGAGUUUUGAUAUU